UUCAAGCUUUCAGUUCAAUUGGAAGGUCAUACAGCUGAUGUUCGUAGUGUUGCAUCAACGCAAGGCUCAUCUUCAUCUGAUGUGUUAAUCUUGUCCGGGUCAAGAGAUGGAACAGCAAGAGUAUGGGGAAAAGACCAUAACCAAACAAGCAAGAGAGAUUUACAUUGUAAGUUCAUUCUUGAAGGACAAGCAGGUUUCGUGAAUAGCUGCGCAUGGAUGAGAGAGCAAGAUGGUAGCUCCAUCGCUCUAUCAGGCGGACAGGAUCACUUGGUGAAUGCAUAUAUCAUCCCGCAAUCGGGAUCUGCUUCAUCUCCAACUUCCCUCACACCAGACUUCACACUUUUGGGUCACAAUGACAACGUUUGCGCUCUGGACGUCUUACAAGGUACUAAUGGUUACAUUGUAAGCGGAAGCUGGGACAAGACAGCAAGAGUAUGGAAGAAUUGGGAAUGCGUUGCCACCCUCGCAGGUCACACACAAGCUGUUUGGGCAGUACUCGCCCUGAAUGAAGAUCUUGUGCUCACCGCCGCUGCAGAUAAGAUUGUCAGACUUUACUCGAUAUCAAAGGCUGCAAAAGAAGGCGAAAAGAGCAAACCGAUUGCCACAUUUGCUGGAAAUACAGAUGCAGUCAGAGGGCUGGUACGCUUGAAUGAGAGAACGUUUGCCAGCUGUGGAAAUGAUGGUAAUAUCAACAUAUAUCCAAUCAUCGAUGCUGCUUCAGCUAAUUCUCAAGCUCCUGUUCAGCCCAUCCAAACCCUUUCGGGUCAUACAAGUUUCGUUUAUUCUCUAUCGCUUUUGGAAUCCGGAGAUCUAAUAAGCUCAGGGGAAGAUCGCAGUGUUCGUAUAUGGCGAAAUGGUUCUUUACAUCAGACUAUUACAAUCCCUGCUAUCUCUGUUUGGUCUGUUACCGGGAUGCCAAACGGAGAUCUUGCAUGCGGAAGCAGUGAUGGCUUCGUUCGCGUUUUUACCACUGUUGGUCAAAAGUAUGCGGAUCCUGAUAUUUUACAAGCUUAUGAUGCAGCAGUCUCAUCGCAAUCACUCAACAAGGCACAAGUUGGCGAUGUUCAGAAGGAAAGCCUGCCAGGAGCAGAAGCGCUUGCCGAUCCAGGCAAGGAGGGUCAAGUGAAGAUGGUAAAAAAUGGAGAUUUGGUAGAAGCACACCAAUACAGUUCAUCCUCAGGUCAGUGGGUGAAAAUUGGAGAGGUGGUCGGAGGAGUUGGUUCUUCACAGAGAAAGCUUCAUGACGGAAAAGAGUAUGACUAUGUGUUCGAUGUGGACAUUCAAGAUGGUGUUCCACCGCUAAAGCUCCCAUACAACGCUUCCGAGAAUCCUUACGUUGCUGCUCAGCGAUUUUUAGAAAAGAAUGAGUUACCUUUUGGGUAUUUAGAUCAAGUGGUCAAGUUCAUUGAAACGAAUACUGAAGGUGUACAGUUGGGAGCAGCUGAUCAAUUCCGCGAUCCAUAUACUGGUGGAACAAGUUAUAGGCCAGGUGGUAGUGCUCCCACUGCACCAACACAAGCCACGCCUGCGGCAUCGAUGCCACCGACAUCUUCAACGGCGUCAAGCACUACUUCAAUUCUCCCCCAUACAAGUGCACUAACGUUCAAGCAAUUCAACGAGCAAGGAGCGAAAUCAAAGAUUGCAGAGCUAAAUGCUCAACUGCCGUCAGAGGUUGCCUUCUCGACGCAAGAAUCCAGUGUGGUUGAAGGUAUUCUUUCGAAGUUAUCGCAAUCACAAUUUGCAAUUGAUGCAGAUCAAGUGAAUUCUUUGAAGAGUAUUAUUGAGCGUUGGCCAAUCACCCAUCGAUUUCCUUUGGUUGAUGUGUAUCGUUUAAUCAGUAUUCAAGCAAGCACAAAUGCUCUUGAGGUUGCUGAAUUUUCGCUCACGGCAGCACAAUGGAAAGAUUCUUGGCCUCAGUCACCUGCAGAGGCCAAAGGCAGACAAACGCUAUCUAUGCUUGCUUUGAGAGCGAUCGCCAAUGCAUUAUCGGUGUCCAAUGAUGCUAAUCAAUCUGCCAAAGUGCUCGCCCACUUAAACCAAGCAAACCAUUUCAAGGAACUUUCCAAGCCGGGUAGAACAGCAUAUGCCACUGUCUUGCUGGAUGCAUCUAUAGGAUUAGUCAAAGGGGAGGAAAAAGCAAAGCAAUCCUUGGCUACUUCACUUCUACCAUUGAUCAAUACUGUCGUUGAAACAGAAUCGAAGAGCGGCGAUCGUGAUACCGAAACAAUCUAUCGCUCAGAAAUGGCGUUUGGAAACUUGAUCAUCUCUUCGGUUGCAGGAUCACUUAAAGUGAUGGAUGUACAACAGGUAUUGCAAGCGAUCAAAGCAGCAUCUGCAGCG